AUGAGUGAAGAAGGGCCUCAAGUAAAGAUCAGGGAGGCGACCAAGGAUAAUGUUGACUUUAUUCUAUCAAAUGUUGAUCUUUCAUUGGCGAAUUCGCUGCGUAGAAUUAUGAUUGCUGAGAUUCCAACAUUAGCCAUCGAUUCAGUUGAAAUAGAAACGAAUACAUCUGUUUUAGCGGAUGAAUUUAUUUCACAUAGACUUGGUUUGAUACCUUUACAGAGUAAAGACAUCGACCAGUUGGUUUAUUGUCGUGAUUGUUAUUGUGAAGACCAUUGUGAUCGUUGUUCUGUGGUUCUUACUUUGCAGGCGGUUGGGGAAAGUGAAUCAACAACGAAUGUGUAUGCUAAGGAUUUACAAAUAGUAAGUGAUUUGGGGGGUAAAAAUAUUGGACAUCCUAUUAUACAAGAUAAAGAAGCUAAUGGGAUAUUAGUUUGCAAGCUCAGAAAGGGCCAAGAGUUGCGGUUAAAGUGCGUUGCCAAAAAAGGUAUUUCCAAGGAGCAUGCCAAAUGGUCACCAGCAGCAGCUAUAGAGUUUGAGUAUGAUCCGUGGAAUAAACUAAAACACACGGACUAUUGGUUUGAACAAGAUGCUACUUCUGAAUGGCCGCAUUCCAAGAACUGUGAAUUUGAAGAUCCGUUAAACGACGAUGAUGUCUUUGAUUACAGUGCCAAACCUAAUAUAUUUUAUAUCAACGUAGAAAGUGUGGGUAGUAUAACAUCGGACCAAGUGGUAAUUAGAGGAAUCAAGACUUUACAGGAUAAAGUUGCAGAUAUCUUGUUUUCCUUAAAGAAAAUGGACCAAGACAAGGUUGCCUUUGGUGGACCAACUAGUGAGAAUGCGCCAAUGGAAGUUGAUCAUGAUCCUUAUAGUGGAACCAAUGGCCAAUAUAACGAGUAUAAUGAUAAUACUAACACAGCCUACGAUGAUGCCUGGUGA